AUGCUAAACGAGAUCAUUGGGGAAGAGGUAUCCGUUAUCACCACCUGUGUCCUUACCAAAUCUAAGAACAGCUUAGAGAUGGGAAGUCAGAAGAUCAAGGUUUCUGAUUACCCCAUCAUUCUAUCUAUCGAGAAUCACUGCAGCAUAGAACAACAAGACAUCAUGGCACAACUGCUGAAAGGCGUACUGGGAGAACGACUCCUCAUCAACACCAUUGAUGACCUUGUUCCUGUGCAAUUGCCUUCACCUGAAGAAUUGAAGGGCAAGAUCAUUCUAAAGGGCAAGAAGAUUGGAUAUCUGGAAGAUUCUCUGAAUGAGCAUCCAGACAAGAUGCCUGAACGGGAAGAAGUUAUUGAGGAGGAAGUAAAUGAGACAGAAGAAGAGGCCCUGCGUAGUGAAGACAAGAGGAAAGAGAAGAAAGGUAAACAUUCCCUCUCAAAGGAACUUUCGGAUUGUAUUAUCUACUGUAAGAGUGUACCUUUCUGCAGCUUCCAACAUUCUUGCAGCCACUACAAGUCAUAUGAGAUGUCUUCCAUCACUGAAUCCAAAGCUCGCAAGCUCAUCCGAGAAGCUGGGAAUGACUUUGUCCGCCAUAAUACCUGGCAACUGACACGGAUCUUCCCCAGUGGGUUGCGGACGGACUCCUCCAAUUUCAACCCCCAGGCAAUGUGGAAUGUGGGGUGCCAAUUGGUGGCCCUGAAUUUUCAAACAGCUGGUACAGAGAUGGACUUGUAUGAUGGACUUUUUAGUCAAAAUGGCCAUUGCGGUUAUGUGUUGAAGCCAAGUUUCAUGAGGGAUAAAGAGACAGCCUUCAGCCCUGAGGACCCCCAAAGCAGGGGUGAAGGUAACCCCUUGAGCUUAAUGGUUAAGAUCAUUAGUGGGCAGCAGCUGCCCAAGAUUCCCAACAGCAAAGAAGGCUCCAUUGUGGAUCCAUUCGUGCGAGUGGAGAUUCAUGGGAUCCCUUCUGACAGUGCCAAGCAGGAAACCAAAUAUAUUGACAAUAAUGGUUUUAACCCACAGUGGGGUGAGUCCUUUCGGUUCUACGUGUGGGUCCCAGAACUGGCCCUUCUACGUUUUGUGGUGGAAGAUUAUGACAAGGCAUCUCGGAAUGACUUUGUGGGGCAGUAUACACUACCUCUCACCAGUGUCAAAGCAGGAUACCGCCACAUCCAUCUUCUUUCUAAGGAUGGCACUGGGAUCUCACCAGCAUCACUCUUUGUCCACAUUCAGAUAGGGGAGUUGGCAACUGAGAAUGAUUAAAUCGCAUUUCUGCAUUACACAAUACAACUCUUCCUUCUCUGCCCCCUUUGCUUUAGAGAAUGAGGGUGAAUGAAGGAGACAAGAAUUAAGAUGGUGGUUUUUUUAAAAUCACCCUAUCUGCCAACCAUCUCUUACUUCUAUGCAGAAUGGGAUUUGGACACAAACAUUGUUUUCCAUUAGUAUACUUAUUUUUUCAAGAAAAGAAUACCAAUUGCAUUAUUUUGUUUGUCUAUUUAUUUUUAUGAUUGUGAUUGGCUCAGGUCUCACCUUAUAAUCUACCUCCGCCUUGCAAGGAAUCCAGCGUACUCCAACAGAGCAAAGUUCUUUUAAACAAGGUUUUCUAUAAUCAUGGACUUAUAAGAAGAGCUGUGUUAAAGUACUAUUCAAUAGGCCUUGAGCCAGCAGAAAUGUAUACUGGCUUAAACUGUGCUGCUUUUAUUGCUGAUCGGUAUUCUGCAACACUAAAAGGAGGCUGAUGAAAGCUUUAUCCUAUUGUGGGCCAAGUCGAAGAAAAUAAUUGAUGUAUGUUUUUCCCCCAACCUGGUUUCCCUUAUAGGUUCCGGUAGGAAAACAGUCACUAAUCACUCUCCCUUAUAUAGGUCAGAACUAGGUGACCGAAGGAAGGUGCUUAAAAUGACGAAUUAGCCACCUGUCAUAUAGGGAGGGAUAUGUGGCAUGAAGCAGGAGGGUCUUUAAUCUUCCUGUUUGGUACAACUCUUUCUCUUCAACUGCACGUUUUUCCUGAAAACAAGACUACUACAUCAUAGAAAGAGUACAAAACCCGUCCAAACAUAAUGUGGCUGAGAUGUAUAUGAAGGAAAGAAGGUGACCUUGACAGAAUCAUUAGCCAGGCAAAAGAAGCCGAAACAUUUCUUAAGCCUUGGGAAAGAAGAUAAUAUUCAGGAGCAGAUGCUCCCUAAUCACUGGAUUAUAAGGAAAGGGGGGAGGGGGGAGGUACAACACAGUCAGACUUGCAAGAUUGAUGCCAACCCCACUAAGAAGUAAAAUCAGAAUGAGAUCAACUCUAUAGGAAGACUAGAACUAUCUUUAUUGAGAUCGGCUGGACAGGCAGUCCUUGCUGAUCGAUUACUUCUUUGGCAACUAUGCAAAAUUAUGACAGCGCUGAAAGAGAAGACUUCCAACUAACUGGUUCCUAGAAAACACAGCUUUUGCAGUGUCUCCAUGGUCGUGAUUCAGGCAUUUGGCAACCGGCAAGCCUUUACGAUGGUCACAGCAUCUUAUGGUUGAGUGAUCACCAUUUGCAUCCUUCGCAAACCAGCUGCCAACA